AUUUAAUUCGAACAAUAAAGUUUAGUUUUACCCUGAAGCACCCGAUGCUCGCCACGUGGAAUUCGAACAACCAGACGAAGCCGUACGAUCCCAUUCCAAGUUUGUGUCCGCCGAGGAAAUCUCAUGGAAGAUAUCGCUAUGUGGAAAAAUCUACACACACACCCCGACCACCAGUCGCGCGUGAGAAUCACUCGCCCCUAAACCCAAAUCUACAUCCGCUACUCUCUUACAGGACAAGCGAGUAGAGAGCGUUUACGUACUCUAGCAGCAACAGGUACUUUCCAGCCAUUUCCAUAAUAAAAAAAAAAAAAUGAAAUAAAUAAAUCGAAUUUGGAUAUAGAAAUUAAAAACGUUUUACCAAAACGACAAGUCACCGGGGGAUUUCCCCAAAUCCAGUUGUUCGGACCUUCCCAUAAAAUCCUACGUGGCGCCGGUCACCUAUCCCUGUCGGUUGGUGGGAUAAUUCAGUAUUUACCGGCAAUACCAAGUUUCCACCAAAAUCAGCAACCGGAUAACCCGGUCAGUCUCCUACAUGCACAUAUAAAUAAUUGCCUCGUUCUCCACAAAGUCUUUCUCCUCUCAUUAUAUAACACCUUCUUUUGAGUCUUUCUUCUCUAUUCACUCAGUAUACUGAAAUCUCCUCCCACAAGAAGGAUGGCUCCAACUUUCGAUGGCGGUCAAAACGGGAACCUCAAGCGCAACGACUCGGCCGCAUCGAUUUUCGAAAUCGGCGAAUCGGACUUGUCUCGACUACUGGAAAAGCCGAGGGCGGUCAACAUAGAGAGGAAGAGAUCGUUCGACGAGAGAUCCAUUAGUGAAUUGUCCAUUUCGUCCCCGCCCCGUAACUUCUACAAGAACAACGAGAACUCGUCUCGUGUUUUCGAGAGCUUUGGGAGUAUACAUUCCGGUGUCAGCACGCCCAGGUCGUUUCACUGCGUCGAGACGCAUCCCAUAGUGGCGGAUGCGUGGGUGGCUUUGCAGAGAUCGAUCGUUCAUUUCCGUGGCCAGCCUGUCGGCACUAUUGCUGCUUUGGAUCAUUCCAGUGAGGAACUUAACUAUGAUCAGGUUUUUGUAAGAGAUUUUGUUCCAAGUGCACUAGCCUUCUUAAUGAACGGCGAGCCCGAAAUCGUGAAGAACUUUCUUCUGAAAACACUUCGGCUCCAAUCGUGGGAGAAGAAAGUGGACAACUUCACUUUAGGUGCGGGUGUAAUGCCAGCAAGUUUUAAGGUACUUCACGACCCUGUAAGAAAUUCCGAAACCAUCAUUGCGGAUUUCGGGGAGUGUGCAAUCGGCAGAGUUGCUCCGGUCGAUUCCGGCUUUUGGUGGAUUAUUCUUUUGCGAGCGUAUACAAAGUCAACCGGGGACACUUCUUUGGCCGAAUUGCCCGAGUGCCAGCGUGGCAUUAGACUGAUAAUGACAUUGUGCUUGUCUGAAGGCUUCGAUACUUUCCCCACUUUAUUGUGUGCCGAUGGAUGCAGCAUGAUCGAUCGGAGAAUGGGAGUUUACGGAUAUCCGAUAGAGAUACAAGCACUCUUCUUCAUGGCGCUAAGAUGCGCGCUACUCCUCCUCAAACAAGACGAAGAGGGCAAAGCCUGCGCGGAAGUAAUCUCGAAACGCCUCCACGCGCUAAGCUACCACAUGCGCAACUACUUCUGGCUCGACAUCAAGCAGCUCAACGACAUCUACCGCUACAAGACGGAGGAAUAUUCCCACACGGCGGUCAACAAGUUCAAUGUAAUGCCCGACUCGCUUCCCGACUGGGUGUUCGAUUUCAUGCCGACGCGCGGAGGGUACUUCAUAGGCAACGUGAGCCCCGCUAGGAUGGACUUCCGUUGGUUCUGCUUGGGGAAUUGCGUCGCCAUUCUGUCGUCUUUGGCGACGCCCGACCAAGCUUCGGCGAUUAUGGAUCUUAUCGAGUCGCGUUGGGAUGAGUUGGUCGGUGAGAUGCCGUUGAAGAUAUGUUAUCCGGCUAUGGAGAGUCACGAGUGGAGGAUCGUGACGGGGUGCGAUCCGAAGAAUACGAGCUGGAGCUACCAUAACGGUGGUUCUUGGCCAGUCCUGAUAUGGCUAUGACGGCGGCAUGCAUAAAAUCUGGGGCGACCGCAGUUAGCUCGACGGGCGAUUGAGCUGGCGGAAACCCGUUUGUUGAA